CCCUUCGCAGGAAGGAGACAAAGCCAGCAGCACUCCUGCGGUUGCUCCCUUUUCCUUUUUCCUCCUCUGGUGUCCCAUUUUGGUCCCCUUUUCUUCUCCGCGGUGGGGGUAUUACACGCCUCGGCGGAGCCAUGCGGCUAAGCGGCGGGGGGACCCUCCCCUGGCUGUGCGGAGCUGUCCUGCUAAGCCUCGCCGGCUGGGACGUCCAGGCACAGACGGAGGAAGCCAAGUCUGUCUACGUCUGGCAAACAGGACCGUGGGGCCGAUGCAUGGGCAGCGAGUGUGGCCCCGGGGGCCGGCAGAGCCGGGCGGUGUGGUGCGCGCACGUGGACGGCUGGACCACGCUGCACACCAACUGCCCGCCAGUGGGGCGGCCCGACAACCAGCAGAGCUGCUUCCGCGUGUGCGACUGGCACCGGGAGCUGUACGACUGGCAGCGGGGCGAGUGGAGUCGCUGCGAGCCCGUGUUGGCGCGCGCGGCCCGGGCGACGGCGGGCUGUGCACGCGGGGAGGAGGGCAUCCAGACGCGGGAGGUGCCGUGCGUGCAGAAGGCCGACGGCACCCCCGCCGACGACGUCAUCUGCGAGUACUUCGAACCCAAACCACGCCUGGAACAGGCCUGCCUGAUCCCCUGCCCGCGAGACUGCGUUGUCUCCGCCUUCACGCCCUGGACUCCCUGCUCCAAGACGUGCGGGGCCGGCCUACGUAACCGCGUGCGCGGCGUGCUGGCCCCCCCUCUCUUCGGUGGCUCGGCCUGCCCCAACCUGACAGAGUUCGAGCCUUGCCAGCUGGCCCAGUGCCAGGGUGAGGAGGCCGUCUACAGCCUGAAGGUAGGGCCCUGGAGUUCGUGCUCGCUGGCCCAGUCACGCCAGGCGCGCCAGGCCAAGCGUAGGAAGAACAAGGAGCGCAGCCGUCAGCGGACGCGGGUGAAGGACCCCGAGGCCCGCGAGCUCAUCAAGAAGAAGCGCAACCGCAACCGGCAGAGCCGGCUGGAGGGCAGGUCUUUCGAGCUGCACGUGGGCUACCAAACGCGGGAGGUGAUGUGCACACACCGGAGCGGCAUGCCCGCUGAUCUCAGCCUGUGCUCCCAGGAGACGCUGCCGGUGGCCUUCCGUUCGUGCCUGGUGACCAAGGACUGCGAGGUCAGCGAUUGGUCCGAGUGGGGUCCCUGCUCCAAGAAGUGCUACGACCUGAACGGCCCCAAGGGGCAGCGCUCGCGCAGCCGGCGCGUGCUGCAGGUCGCCGUGGGCGACGGUGCCAGCUGCCCGGAGUUGGAGGAGACGGAACCCUGCGUGCCCCAGGGAGACGGCGUACCACCAUGCCCUGUGUAUAGCUGGAAGACCACAGAGUGGAGCGAGUGCAGGGUGGACACGCUGCUGAGCCAGCAGGACCGGCGCCGCGGCAACCAGACGGGCCUGUGCGGGGGCGGAGUCCAGAGCAGGGAGGCGUUCUGCGUGCAGGCGUCCGUCGACACGCCCUCGUCCCUCAGCUCCACCAAAGAAGCUUCCCGUCCUGUGGACAGCGAUUUGUGUCUGGGCCUGGUUCCGAACACAACCCAACUGUGUCACAUCGCCUGUCCCGUUGAAUGCGAGGUGUCCGGCUGGACGGCCUGGGGUCCCUGUACCUUUGAGAACUGCCAGGACCAAGCUGGGAAGAAGGGCUUCAAGCUGAGGAAGCGGCAGAUUGUCAACGAGCCCACGGGUGGGACGGGGAACUGCCCCCACCUGACGGAGGCCAUACCGUGCGAAGAGCCCAGCUGCUACGAGUGGCUGGUGGUGAAGCUGGAGGGGUGUAUCCCGGACAACGAGAAGGCAUGCGGGCCCGGGACGCAGCUCACGCAGGUCCAGUGCGUCAACAGCGACGGAGAGCCAGCAGAAAGGGAGCACUGCAUGGAUGCCAUUCUGCCCAUGCCUGUGAUGUGUGACGUCCCGUGUCCCAAGGACUGCGCACUCAGCCCCUGGACAGCCUGGUCCCCGUGCUCGCAUACCUGCUCUGGGAAAACCACAGAGGGUCGUCAGACCAGGGCGAGAUCCAUCCUGGCUUACAAUGCUGGGGAAGGGGGGGCAGCGUGUCCCAACAGCAGCGCCCUGCAGGAGGUGCGGAGCUGCAACGAGCACCCGUGCACUGUGUACCACUGGCAGACGGGCCUCUGGGGCCCCUGCAUCGAAGACUCCUCGGUGUCCUCGCUCAACACCACGGCCAGUCGUAGCCACGAGGCCUCCUGCUCCAUCGGCAUGCAGACGCGCAAGGUCAUCUGUGUGCGGGUCAACGUGGGUCAGGUGCCACCCAAAAAGUGUCCUGAGAGCCUUCGGCCCGAGACGGUGAGGCCAUGUCUGCUCCCGUGUAAGAGGGACUGUGUGGUCACUCCCUACAGCGAGUGGACAGCCUGCCCAUCCUCCUGCCAAGCAGGAGGGAGCCUGAAGAGGAAGCAGUCUCGCAAACGCAUCACCCUGCAGCUGCCGGCCAAUGGGGGUCAGGACUGUCCCGAGGUGCUUUAUCAGGAGCGGGACUGCGAGACGCCGUCUGUGUGCCCCGGGUUCAGGUGGAAGACCCACAAGUGGAGGCGAUGCCAGCUGGUGCCGUGGCAAAUCCGUCAGGACAGCCCGGGUGCCCAGGAGACCUGCGGACCGGGCCUGCAGAUACGAGCUGUCUCUUGUAGGAAGCAGGACGGAGGGCAGGUGGACAUCGGGGAGUGUCUGAGCUUCUCCAGUCCCAUGCCACCCAUCACCCAGCCCUGCCAGGUCCCAUGCCAGGACGACUGCCAGCUCGCCAGCUGGUCCAAGUUCUCGCCCUGCUCCGCGGACUGCGGCGGCGUCAGGACCCGGAAGAGGGCGCUCGUUGGGAAGAGCAAGAAGAAAGACCAGUGCAGGAACACGCAGCUGUACCCCCUGAGCGAGACGCAGUACUGCCCCUGUGACAAAUACAAUGCACAGCCCGUGGGGAAUUGGUCUGACUGCAUCCUGCCUGAGAGCGGCCGUGUGGAGGGCAUCCUGGGAAUGAAGAUCCAGGGAGACAUCAAAGAGUGCGGCCAGGGCCACCGCUACCAGGCCAUGGCCUGCUAUGACCAGAACAGCAGGCUGGUGGAGACGUCCCGCUGCAACAGCCAUGGCCACAUCGAGGAGGCCUGCAUCAUCCCCUGCCCGUCCGACUGCAAGCUGAGCGCGUGGUCUAGCUGGUCCCGCUGCAGCAAGUCCUGUGGCAGCGGAGUCAAGGUGCGGUCCAAGUGGCUGAGGGAGAAGCCGUACAACGGCGGCCGGCCCUGCCCCAAACUCGACCACGUCAACCAGGCCCAGGUAUACGAGGUGGUGCCAUGCGUCAGCGACUGCAGUCAGUACGUCUGGGUAGCUGAGCCGUGGAGCGUCUGGAAGGUCAGCAACGUGGACCUGAAGGAGAACUGCGGCGAGGGCGUGCAGACCAGGAAAGUCCGGUGCAUGCUGAACACCAUCGAUGGCCCGGCGGACCCUGUGGAGGACUACCUGUGUGACCCGGAGGAGAUGCCGCUGGGGGCGCGGGAGAGCCGCCUCCCAUGCCCAGAGGACUGCGUGCCGUCCGACUGGGAGGCCUGGAGUCGCUGCAGCUUGCCGUGCAAUGGGAAGGGCACGAGGGAGAGGACGGCGUACCCGCUUCGCCUGCCUGUGCCUGGGAGGCAGUGUCCGGGCCGCACGGAGAAGGAGGCCUGCAUGCUGAACCAGAACUGCUACCACUACUCCUACAACAUCACAGACUGGAGCACGUGUCAGCUGAGUGAGAAGGCGGUGUGCGGGGUGGGCAUCCGGACGCGCAUGCUGGACUGCGUGCGCAGCGACGGCAAGUCUGUCGACCUCAAGUACUGCGAGGAGCUGGGCCUGGAGAAGAAGUGGCAGCUGAAUGCAUCCUGUACAGUGGAGUGUCCCAUCAACUGCCAGCUCUCUGAUUGGUCGGCCUGGUCCGGCUGCUCGCACACAUGCGGACUCUCAGGGAAAAUGUGGAGGAGGAGGACUGUGACCCAGGCAUCCCAGGGGGACGGGCGGCCGUGUCCCCCUCAGUUGGAACAGUGGAAGCCCUGUCCUGUGAGGCCGUGCUACAGGUGGCGCUACAGUCCCUGGUCAGAGUGCAGGGCAGAGGACGCCAAGUGUGGGACGGGCCUGCGAUGGCGUAACGUGACGUGCUUCGUGACGGACGGCUCGGGGGAGGGGGACGGCAGUGCGGUGGACGAGGAGUUGUGUGGAGACGUGGAGCUGUCGGUGGACGGGGACAAGCAGGUCAUCCUGGAAGAGGUGUGCACAGUGCCCUGCCCAGGGGACUGCUACCUGACGGACUGGACGCCUUGGAGCCCAUGCCAGCUGAGCUGUGUGAACGGGGCGGACCUGGGGCUCGGCUCGGUCCAGGUCCGCUCGCGGGCCGUCAUCGCCCAGGAGCCAGAGAACCUGCUGCAGUGUCCAGAGCAGGACUGGGAGUCCCGGCCGUGCACAGAUGGCAAGUGCUAUGACUACAGGUGGAUGACAAGUACGUGGAGGGGAUCAACGCGGCAGGUUUGGUGCCAGCGCUCUGACGGACUGAACGUCACAGGCGGGUGUCCCCAUGUCACCCAACCGGCCUCUGACAGGUCAUGUGACCCAGCUUGUGACAAGCUUCGGUCCAUCUGCACUGAGGCUGGAGUGUGUGGAUGCGAGGAGGGUUACACAGAGGUGAUGACAUCGGACGGAGUACUUGACCAGUGCACGCUGAUCCCGGUGCUGGAGAUCCCCACGGUGGGCGACACCAAGGCCGACGUGAAGACCAUCCGGGCCGUCAGUCCCACCCAGCCCUCCAUCAGUCACCCUGGCCGAUCCAGUCGCGCCUGGUUCCUGCAGCCCUUUGGAGCUGACGGCCGCCUGAAGACGUGGGUGUAUGGCGUGGCAGCGGGGGUGCUGGUGCUACUCAUCUUCAUCAUCUCCAUGACCUACCUAGCUUGGUAAGUUCCCCCCAGUCACGCUCGUCACCGUCAUUCAAGAAAUGUUGUUUUCCACAUUAUUCUGUAAGAGAGUUUUUUGUUCUUUCUGUACACCCCCCCCCCCAUGUUCACCCUCACUGCCUGUCUGCGACGUAAUCUGUAAAGUGCUUUUUUACAAUGCUCCUCAUCAAAAGAGCCGCAUAAAUAAAAUUGAAAUGAACGGAACUGAUCGAUUGCUCCGCCUCCUGGAUGCCCGGUGACCGGUCAGAGGUGAGUGAGGUCAUAGCUCUUGGCCUCCUCAGUCAUGUGACCUAAUCAAGCGGCCUGCGGUGCACAGGCAGUAGACAGCACAGUGCAGUGAAUUGACUGAACAGUGCAAUCAAUGCCGCUUUCACCACAAUAGUGGGGGGGAGUGUCACUGCAAGUCAGCUGAAUAGUAUGACCCAAUAAAUCAGGAAAACAGAGUGUGCUGACUUAUGAUCUAGAUAUUUUGUUCCAUGUAAUUGUCUGCAGCUGAAGUAUAAAAUAAUUUUGUUUUUACUCCAUCUAUAGUGCAACUGUCACUGCUCUUUUAUGACAUAGCUAAAGAAAUGUAUCCAGUUAAUGUGUCCUAUACUGAUCUCCCCCUGGUGGUCUGGUGAGGCUAUUGCACCUGUUACCUCAUCCCGUUACAUACAAUAAAAUUACAUUACAGACAUGAACCCCCCCCCCAUCAGUAGGGUUUCCUCCUUAUUUAAAUUUUUUUUUCCAUCUGUCCAUUUUCUAUAUUAUACCCAGUUCUGAAAAUAAACGUGUUCCGUUGUCAGUGUCCCUGCUCCUUUGCUCACAGUCACAUUGCUGAUGUUCUUUUAGAUUUAUCAUCCCCACUUUCAAUAAAUAACUGCCUUGUUUUUUGUAUUUUUCCAGUCUUGCAUGGCUAUAAUUAUAUUUAAUAAGCUGUCUAAACUUAACCGGGGGCCGUGCCCCAGGUGUGGUCAGUGACCUAACUUGCUGUACUGUUUUAUGCACUGUAGUCAUCAUUAAGGUGAGUGACGUCUGCAUUUCUGUUGGCUACCCGCCUCUGUUCCCUGCUGUCUGACCUCAUCAGCUUGCUGCAGUUACUGUCUCCAUUCAAGCUGAAAUGUGCUUUCUGUGUGUGUCAGUGUGUGAGAGUAUCUGCGUGUCAGUGGGUUAGGUCUGUGUGUAUGUGGAUCUGCGUGUCAGUGGGUCAGGUCUGUGUGUAUGUGGAUCUGCGUGUCAGUGGGUCAGGUCUGUCUGUAUGUGUCUCAGUGUGACUGUGUAUGUU